AAUGAUUCAGUUUAAUGUGAUAAGAACUGUCAGUUAAGAAUUUAUACUUAAACAAUUAAUUUAGGUCUUUGGAGAUUUAUUUUGCAUUUUAUUACUUCUCAGAACCAAAUUUUAAAGUUUUAAUUUAAAAAAUAUUUAAGAUUUAUAUUAGAUAAAGAGCUGUGUUUAUUGUACUGAGUCAAUAAAGGAAGUUACAUUUCAAAAAAUGGAAUUUUAUCUUUCAUCAUAAAGGAAAUUCAGAUGGUUUUGUUUUUAAAUCCUUGAAGACGUCAAAUUAAUUGUAGAAUUGGUGUUUUCAUUAUGCUAAUUGUGAUAAACUCUUCAAAAAGUUAAGAAAAUUGUUAGUCUAGAACAUAAUUUGUACUUUAUAUACUUGAAGAAAAUAAUCAAACAUUCUUAGGAAGAUGAGUUCUGUAUACCUUUAUUUUUUGAAACUGUCUUUACCUUGUAAUGAUAUUGUGAUGGCUUCCUAGUGUUACGCAAACGUUCACAAUAUGGCCAACGAGCUUCCUAAUGAAGAUGUUUUGGCAAAGAAAGUGCGUCUUACAUUAGACGUGGGAGUUCAUGGUUCAUCGCGCGUGCCUCCCUUCACAAGGAAAAACGCAGGUUCUCUCUGUCAUCAGCGCAACUACAGCUUAGACUAUCGGACACCACAUACAAACAUUCAGACACAUCAUAGAAAUCGUAGCUUAGAUUCCGUUCUUCAACAAAUUCCCGAAGGCAAAGGACCAGUGCUAAAUAAUCAUUCUCUGCAGUCUAAAGAUAUUUCUUUGGAAAUUUCAUCUUCUUGUUCGUCUAAUCAGUUAUACUCUCUGACCACUCCUGGACCAAAGGACACAGACAGAACUAGUUUGGCCUCGGACGACAGCGGAAUUUUCAAUUCAGACGACGGUGACCGAAACGGCAAAGUGGCCGAAUCCUCCGGCAUAGUCGUUGACUUCUCCAUGCCGUUGCAGACCAAAACUGAAAUGCGAGAAUACCAAAAUUCUGUUUGUAAUUCCGAAAAUUCAACUGUUGUGAUGUCUAAGAAGCCGCCGCCAAGAGAAUCCUGGCUACUGCGGUUAUUCGAGUCGAAACUGUUUGACAUGUCCAUAGCUAUAACCUACCUCUUUAAUUCUAAAGAAUCUGGCGUCCAGACUUACAUUGGUAAUCGUAUGUUUAGCUUCAGUGAUAAAGAAGUCGAUUUCUACCUUCCUCAGCUUGUGAGUUUAUAUGUUCACCAUGCUGAUCUUGCAGAAGCAAUCCAUCCAUAUCUUGUUUAUAGAUGUAGGAAUAGUGUGGAAUUCUCCCUCCAGUUAGCAUGGUUGUUGUCUGCUUUUUGUGCAGACAGUUGUAUUCCUCGUCGAAGAUCGCAGGGUGCAAAGAUGAAAUCACUGAUUUUGUCUGAAGAAUUGAGGCCUCGUUCUGUUACUAAUGCAUUCAAUAGUAACUUGUCAUCGACAAGUCCUAUUUUAUCUCCCUCCAAAAAGACUCAUCAUCGUUCUCUUUCUGACGCAACAGGGCUGUCUCUAGAAAGUUGUGGAUUAAGAAGAUGUUCCAGUAGUAUAGAACAACCCAAUAAAAUUGCACUAGGCGAAUUAUCUUCUGGUCAUGCAUUUGAUAACAGAUGUACCUGUUUUGAUAGUUGUGAAGGUGUAUUUAGUGAUCUGAAAGGAAUUAAAAUAGAAUGUCACUGUCAGGCUCCAAGACUUGCUCCAGAACAAGAAUUUGUAAAGGCUUUAAUUAAUAUUGGCCUUCGGUUGCAAGCCGUCCCUACUAAAGAACUAAAAACUCAAAUAUUGCAAGCCGAAUUGUCCAUGUUAAACCUCAACCUACCGGCUCGUGUUUGGUUGCCAAUACAUUCGGCCACUCUAUCGCAUCUCGUUGUUCGCGUACCUCCUCAAGCUGCUGUGGUUCUCAAUUCGAAAGAUAAGGUGAGGUUCUUUGAAUGUCUUCAAAUAUACAGAAUAAUUUAUCAGGCUUUAUUUAAUGUAUAAUUAAACGUUUUUAAC